GCCCAGCCAGCUGCAACCAUCUCCUCCACCUGCCGCCCUCAUGGCGCUCCCACGCCAACGUCAACGCGUCGCCAUUGUUGGCUCGGGGCUCGCUGGCCUCGCUAGCGCUUAUCUCGUCGCCCACGACGCCCGCCAGCAGUACGCAGUCCAGGUUUUCGAGUCGGUACGUGCUCUCCACGCAAAAAGAGACGGGAUCCAACAACAGCACGGCGGUGCAUCGCCAGCCCUCGUGGGCGGCGUCUUGAGGCCCCCCAGCUGCUGACGGCCUCUGCUGCCAGGGCCAAUCGCUCUCUCUCGAUGCCGCCUCGUUCGCCGUGCCCAAGCCCACCGGCCACGGCUCCGACCGCGUCGAUCUGCCCAUGCGCGCCUUUGCGGGCGGCUACUACAGAAACCUCCAGCGCCUGUACGACCACCUGGGCGUCCGCUACCGCCAGCAGCCGUUUCUGUUCGACUUUGUCCACGGGCAUGCCGCCUACUUCACCCAUGCCUCGAAUCUGCACCGCCUGCCCCCGCGCCCCGCCCCCGUCGCCCGCCUGCGCCAUGUCGCACAGCUGCUGUGCCUGGCCGUGGCCUACGCAUGGUUCGCCCUGUGCUGCUUCUUGGUUGCGCCCGCCCGCGGGGAGACGCUGCAGCAGUACCUGCGCCGCACGCACACGCCCGACCUCUUUGUCACGUGGUAUCUGCUGCCGCUGCUGUCGAGCGUCUCGACGUGCCCGCACACGGCCCUGCUGGCCUUUCCCGCCAGCGACAUUGUAGGAUACAAGCGCGACACCCACGGCGCUCCCCAUUACACCGUCUCCGAGGGCGUGGCCGCCGUCCAGGCGCGGCUGGCCAGCGGCCUCGACGUCACGCUCAAUGCCACCAUUACCGCCGUCGAGCCCUGCGACAAGGGUGUCAGGAUAUCAUGGACACAGGGUCCUGGCCCCGGUGCCGACACGCACACAGAGCGCUUUGAUAGGGUUGUUCUCGCCGUCGCCCCAGACGUCGUUGGCCGCAUCUUUAGGCCGCUCGAGCAUCACAUGUGCCGCAUUCCCACGGCCCUGGUCGAGAGUGUCGUGCACACCGACUACUCGGUCCUGCGCGCCAGCAACGCCCCCAAGCCUGGCAACAAGAACGCACAGCUCAUCCGCCUCAAUACGUGCACACAGCAAACGCCCAAGACCGAGUCGCAUCACGUGCAGCCUUGUGGCGCCAUCGUCACGACCUGCCCUUACACGCCUCUUGACGCUGCCCACACGCUCCACAGUGCCCGUUUCACACGCGUCCUGCGCACCCCGGAGAGCCAGCGCAUCGUCAAUGCCAUGUUCGCUUCGGAGCCUCUCUCCUGUCCGGACGACAAGGCGGUGCCUUUGUGGCGAAACGGCGACGAUAAUGUGUGGCUCGUGGGUGGCUGGUGCUGGGAUGGCAUGGUUCUUCUCGAAGGCUGCGUCGUAUCAGCCAUGCGCGUGGCUGAGGCCUUUGGCGUCACAGUGCCCUGGCGGCCCUAAGACGCACCAUGGGCUGGCUACCUGUGAAUGUACAUAGUGUGUAAACUAGUAGAACAUAGUAUACC